AUGUACAGAGGAGACAAGAAAGAGAACCGUUUCCUUUCCAAGAAAUCUCUGGAUGACAAAGUUGUUCACACGCCAAAAAGCGAAAUGAAUCGGGUGAUGUUAUUUUUUUUUUCACAGAACCAUUUCCAUUACCAGAAAUGUCUUGAUGAUAAAGAUGUUCACACGCCAAGACCCGGUCCGGGAGCCUUGUAUACCCGGUGGGGUAGAACAAAAUGUCCACGUAAUUCCAGUCUGGUAUACGAUGGUGUGGUUGGUGGAACAGCGUGGAACGAAACAGGCGGCGGAAGUAAUCUCUUAUGUCUACCUAACGACCCCAUUUGGGCAAAUUACAAUGGAGGAGUAACACAUUGGGGUCACAUAUAUGGCAGUGAAUAUCAAACAUAUUCCUCUGCGAAAAAAUACUUUUCUUUUGCUAACGCUGAAUCACUUCAUGAUCACAACGUUCCGUGCGCUGUCUGUUUGACACGACAACCUGCUGUUGUUAUGAUGUUACCAGCCAGGACAAAGUGUUACCCUGGUUGGACAGCUGAGUAUUCAGGAUAUUUGAUGACCGAGCAUUAUAGUCAUAAGGGCAGACAUGAAUAUGUGUGUGUGGAUUAUGCACCAGAAGCUGAUCCAGCGGGUUACAGAGACGAAGAUGGAGCUUCAUUAUAUUUUGUGAGGGGAAUUUGUGGUUCAUUGCCAUGUCCACCGUAUGUCUAUGGUCGCGUAUUAACCUGCGUUGUGUGCAGUAAAUAUUGAAGCGAAUAUAUUUGAAUUUGCUUCUCUAUGAAAACUUAUGUUAACCAAUUACAAGACAUAAUAUAAUAUCAUAAAACAAUAUAGACAUUUUAAAUUCUGUUUGAUAAUAUUUUAUCGAAGUUAUAUAAUCGUUAAAAUACUCUGCGCUACUAGUUAAC